AUGGCCCCCGUCAAGCUUGCCGAGUACCUCUUCACCAGGUUGCGCCAACUCGGCGUCGGCUCCGUCCAUGGCGUCCCUGGCGACUUCAACCUCACCAUGCUGGACCAUGUGGAGCCCGCUGGCCUCACCUGGGUCGGCAACGCCAACGAGCUCAACGCUGCCUACGCGGCCGACGGCUACGCCAGGAUCAAGGGCCUCGGCGCCAUUGUGACCACAUUCGGCGUCGGGGAGCUGUCUGCCAUCAACGCCAUUGCCGGGGCCUAUGCCGAGUUCGCGCCCGUCGUGCACAUCGUCGGCAUCCCCGCCCGUCAGCUGCAAGAGACCCGGACCUUGAUGCACCACACGUUGAACGACGGCGAAUACCAGCGCUUCUCCCGCAUGGCUGCCGAGGUCACUGUGGCCCAGACCAGGCUGUGGGAUCCCACCACAAGCGCGCAGCAAGUCGACGACAUUUUGGCCACGUGCCUCUUGCGGUGCCGGCCCGUGUACGUGGAGCUUCCGGUGGACAUGGUCGACGUGCUGGUUUCCGGCGACAGGUUAGAGACGCCCGUGCAGGUACCCCAGCCCGAGGCGUCCCCUGCCCUUGACGACGUGCUUGCCAGGUUGGUUUCCAAGAUGGAGGCGGCCAAGCAGCCCAUCAUAUACGUCGACGGCGAGAGCAGACCUCUUCGCCUCCUGGACAGCCUGCAGCAGCUUGUGUCCGCCACCAAGUGGCCGACCUUUACCUCGCCCUUUGGCAAAGGCUUGGUGGACGAGACGGAGCCCAACUACCACGGCGUGUACCAGGGGCAAUGGGGCCACAAGGCCGCCCACGACUUUGUGCUGGCCGCUGAUCUGGUGCUGUGCUUUGGUCCCCAUUUCAGCGGAACCAACACGUACAUGUGGAACAGCAUACCGACGGGCGGGGAAAUGAUCUCCUUCACCACCUCGGGCAUCAAAAUCGGGGCCGAGCAUCAUCGCGAUGUCUCUGCUCAGCUCGUCUUGUCACGCCUCGUCAGAGCCUUGGACGUGAGCAGGAUCAAGUCCUACAGCCCCUACCCCGACAUUCCCAACUACGAGCUGCUCGACCCUAGCUCACCACCCGGCGACGAAAUCAUCAGGCAGGACAAGGCGUGGAAGAUCCUAGGUAACCUCAUCCGACCCGGGGACAUUGUCAUGGGAGAGACGGGCACCCCUGGCUUCGGCGUGCGCGAAAUGCCCAUGCAGAAGCACUGCCGCGUCUUUACCCACGUCACCUGGCUGUCGAUCGGGUACAUGCUGCCCGCGGCGCAGGGCGCCGCCCUCGCCCAGAAGGAGCUCAUCGCCGCGUCGCAGUGGCACGGCAUCACGAGGGCCAAGACGAUCCUCUUCAUCGGCGACGGGAGCUUCCAGAUGACGGCGCAGGAGAUGUCGACCAUGAUCAAGCACAGCCUCGACGUGGUCAUUGUCCUCAUCAACAACGACGGCUACUCGAUCGAGCGCUUCAUCCACGGCCGGAAGCAGGGCUACAACGACGUCGCCAGGUGGCGGUACCUGCAGGCGCCGAGCUUCUUUGGCGCGCCCGAGCACACGUACACUGCCUCCGCCACGACGUGGGCCGAGCUAAGGGCCAUCGUGGACAGCAGCGAGGUGAGCGACACCAAGGGCUUGUCCAUGAUUGAGGUGGUCAUGGAGCGGGAGGACGCGCCGCCGGGCCAGCUGCAGAGGGUGCUUGACAUGCAGAUCGAGAACGAGGCCAGGGGUUUGACGGAGCCACGAGGGCAAUGA